GCUGUUAGGAGCGAUGGCGGGGGGCGUAGGAUACCGAGGCGGGCAGGAGAGCGACUGGGUGUCUCGGCUAGGAGAGGACCUAAUGGCCUUCAACAUGGGAGACGAAAAGGAAGAGAGGAAAUGGAAAGAGAGCGCCAAGGAUCAGGAGGUGUGGUACAACAAGGUCGAGGACGGGGCGGCAUGGUUCAUGAGGAAAUGGCACAGGCAGGAGGCGGAAGCGUCCGCGAAGCGCCAGCGCGCGAGGGAAGCAGAAGCAGAGAGUACGACCACCUCAGGACCGAAGAGACAAAGAACCGGCGAAGCGGCGGUGGGGGGGAAGAAACGGCGACCGGGCACUGCUGUAGAAGCGAGUUGGGCGGCUGAGGCAGCACUUGAGGCGAACUAUGUACCCGGCUGAUGUUGUUGCGCCCUGUUUCCCUCCCUGCUGUAUGCUAUACUCCUUUAUGUAUGUCCUUUGUAUUGCCUUCGGCCUCUGUGCUGUGUUUCUUUUUUUCAUGUCCUCCCUCCUUNGGGGAAGAAACGACGACCGGGCACUGCUGUAGAAGCGAGUAGGGCGGCCAAGGCAGCACCUGUGGCGAAGUAUGUACCCGGCUGAUGUUGUUGCGCCCUGUUUCCCUCCCUGCUGUAUGCUAUACUCCUUAAUGUAUGUCCUUUGUAUUGCCUUCGGCCUCUGUGCUGUGUUUCUGUGUUUCUUUUUUUCAUGACCUCCCUGCCUACUCUGCUGUGUUGGGUACCGUGAUCUCGCUUUGCUGUUGCCUUUGUUUUUGUACGUCUGGCUGUCUGCCCAUCUGCCGCCUCUUUGUCCUGUUUGCUCCGUUACUCCCAUGCCCUGGUGCGUAGUGCCUGGUGCUGGUACAUUACCCUUUGAUUUUUUCUUUGGGCGGGUGUGGGAAGCGUCCUCCUUUAUUUUUUAUUUUGUUUUGUUUUUGAUCGGUUUCCGAGGGCUCUUUUCUCGCACGGUCGGUGCAAUACCUAUUCUUUU